AUGGAAGACAUGACUCACUCCUUCCUGAUAAGGAAAAUGUUGAAGGGGUGUCAUAAUAUGGCAGGGAAGAGUGACUCAAGGCUCCCAAUUACAAAAGAUAUCCUGUAUAAGAUAAUCAAUGCCUUAGAAGCCACUGUCGAUGAUCCACUUGUUCGUAUACUUUUACGCACAAUAUUUCUGCUUGCCUUUAGUGCAUUUAUGCGUCUAGGUGAACUUGUAUGCAAGUCUUACGCAGAAUCAAACAAGGUCUUACAAAGAUCAGAUGUCAUACUCAUGUCAUCAGAAUCCCAAACACCGUCGGUCAAGAUGAUUUUACGACACUCCAAAACCCAGGUAGAUCAUCAUCCUAUUUCAUUACAUCUGGUGUCAAAGAAUGGUUUAUCAAAAUACUGCCCAGUGAGAGCGGUUCAACAAUAUGUAAAUGCCUUUGUUCAUACGGAUGGCCCCUUCUUCCAGAUGGCUAAUGGUUCACCAGUCACUUAUGCUUUUGUAACGCAACACCUCAAUCAAGCAAUACAUUUUGUGGGACUGGAUACAUCCUUGUAUAAGGGCCAUAGCUUUCGAAUUGGGGCUGCAACAGAAGCUGCCAAAAUGGGCUGUUCUGAAAACAUUAUUCAGAGACUUGGCCGCUGGAACUCAAUGCUGUCCAAAGAUACAUUCGUAUUAAGGCAUUUAGCUUAUAAAGAUGUGAACUUAUAA